AUGCUUGAUUCUAAUACACACCUCAUUGGCACGAUACGCAAAAACCGCAAGGGGCUACCAAAGGAAGUUGUAGACAAAAAACUUAAAAAAGGAGAAGUUGCGGCCAUGGAGAACAAAGAUGGGAUAACAUUACUGAAGUGGAAAGACCAAAGGGAUGUGCUUGUACUGUCUACAAAGCAUGAUGCUGAAAUGGUAGAGAGAAGUAACAACAGAAUACCUAAAGUCGUCAUCGAUUACAAUAGCGGAAAAAAGUUCUGUGGAUCUCUCUGA